CUCUAUAUAUCACACUCGACUCUUGCAGUCAACCCCAUUGUCUGCGGAUCAGGACAUCAUGUUAUUGGCUGAUAUAUCAGUUCCCGAAUGCGUUUUCCCGGUGCAGAGAAUAAUCCUAUUCUGGAAAGUAGUUGAUCCGCGAAUACUGUUCCCAUUGAAUAACUCAUUGUUGAGGCAUUCAAUCUCGUAUGAGAUUAAGCCCAACUCUGUGCCCACCGAUCGGGCCAUCGAUAUCUAUUUGAGCGCAUUCUUAGGCCAUCGACACAACGAGACGAGUGGCGCUCGCUUUACAUUUGUCUCGUCGAAAGCACCCCUCAAAGCCAGUAUAGCCAACGGUUCCACUAAAAUAACCAUUGGCUCCAAAAGUGGUGCCUUUCGGUUGUGGUCCACGAACUCUAAAUCAAAUCGAAGUCUAGUCUAUCAGUGGAGUUGUCACGAGAGCCGAACAGCGCAACCCUGUUAUCACUAUUUUGGACCAAACAAUGUACUCAGCAAAAAGAGUCCUUUACUUAUCGAUCGGACUCUUCAGACCCAACCCGUACUCGAGUUGGACUCGACUUUCUUUCAGCCAAACAAACAGUUU